CUGGAAAAUGAAAAUGGAGGCUUUGGACCCAAGUGCUGCUUCAUGUUUUAUGGUGGAUGUAGAUGAUGACCUUCUCAACUUCUCUUUGGAAGAUGAAACUGUUUUUGACGAUGAUGAAAAAACAACAAAAUCCAUUACCAAACAUAAACACCCUUUAUCUUCUUCUUAUUCUUCUUCCUUGGAUUCCUCAAACCCUGUUCUUAGCCUUCUUCCCUCCCAACAACACCCUGAAUGUGUUGAGGAAGAAUUGGAAUGGCUGUCAAACAAAGAUGCAUUUCCAGCAGUGGAGUUUGGCAUACUUGCCGAUAACCCGAGUAUUGUAUUUGAUCACCAUAGCCCGGUUUCAGUGCUGGAGAAUAGUAGCAGCACCUGUAACAGCAGUGGUAAUGGCAGUGCUAAUGCAAAUGCGUAUAUGAGCUGCUGUGCCAGCUUAAAAGUCCCGGUUAAUUACCCCGUUCGUGCACGGAGCAAGAGAAGGCGUAGAAGACAAAGAGGCAGCUUUGCUGACUUGCCAAGCGAGCAUUGUAUGUCGGUGAACAAACCGAGUUUCAAGAGCGUUAAGCAACGUGAACCAUUGCUUUCAUUACCGUUGAAUUCAGCUAAAAGUGCUAGCAUUGGGAGGAGGUGCCAACACUGUGGAGCUGAUAAGACCCCACAAUGGAGGGCGGGUCCCCUGGGGCCGAAAACGCUGUGUAAUGCAUGUGGGGUCCGCUAUAAGUCAGGCAGGUUGUUGCCAGAGUAUCGCCCGGCAAACAGCCCUACUUUCUCGCCGACUGUGCAUUCCAAUUCCCACCGGAAGGUUUUGGAGAUGAGAAAGCAGAAGAUUGGAGUGGGAGGAAUGAUGAUUCAUGAAGCUUGUGGAUAUAGGGUAGGAUAGUACUGAGUCGUCGUCUACAGCAUCUUCUUGGACAUUUUUCUUCUUUUACCAUAGUUAGCAUAGACUCUAGGUUUGUUUGUAAUGGUCUAGAUUGUUAGUGAACCAUAUUUGUUUUGGUUUUCCAUCAAAAUCCACUAGGAAUUUUGAACUUAGUGUGUUUGAUUAUGCUUUUAGACAGAAUCCAGAAAGAAGAGUUCUUGACAAAGAUGUGGUCGGGUUUUUAAUUCUACUUACUUACAUUUUCAUUUGCAUGGA